CCAGGCCAUGAUGGCCGCCAGCACGGCGGCGCUCCUCGGCCUGCUGCUGUGCGGCCUGCUCUGCGGCCCAGGGCUGUGCGACGAGAUGGAGUACCAGCUGACGCGCUACCUCAUGGACCGGUACGACGCGUCGGUGCGGCCCGUGGAGAACGCCUCCAUGCCGCUGCAGGUCACCUUCGGCGUGUCGCUGCACCACAUCAUCGACGUGGACGAGAAGAACCAGAUCCUGACGACGAACUGCUGGCUGACGCAGAUCUGGAAGGACCACCACCUCCGGUGGAACUCGUCCGAGUACAACGGCAUCAACGUGGUGCGGAUCCCCUACACGCGCGUCUGGAAGCCGGAUAUCAUCCUGUACAACAACGCCGACUCCCAGUACAGCACGGCGGCCAUCAACACGAACGUGAUCGUGUACAGCAACGGCAUGGUGACGUGGCUGUCGCACGGCAUCUACCGCUCGUCGUGCGACAUCGACGUCGAGUUCUUCCCCUUCGACAUCCAGGCCUGCAACAUGAAGUGGGCCUCGUGGACGUACGACGGCUACCAGCUGGACCUGGUGAAGCAGACGGAGGAGGGCGACGUGUCCAACUACCAGGCCAACGGCGAGUUCGACCUGGUGUCGUUCGACGCCAUGAAGCACGUCGAGUACUACUCGUGCUGCCCGGAGCCCUACCCGGACAUCACGUACGUCAUCCGCAUCCGGCGCCGGCCCCUGUUCUACGUGUUCAACCUCAUCCUGCCCUGCAUCCUCAUCAACUGCAUCGCCCUGCUUGUCUUCUACGUGCCCUCCGAGUCCGGCGAGAAGGUGACCCUGGGGAUCAGCGCGCUCCUGUCCAUGACCGUCUUCCUCAUGACAAUACGAGAGUCCCUCCCCCCGACUGAGAAGACUCCCCUUAUCAGCCUGUACUACGGCGUCAGCAUCUGCCUGGUGUCCUUCGCGUCCGGGCUGUCCGUGGUGACGCUCAACGUGUACCACCGCGGCGUGCGCGGCACGGGCGUGCCGCCCAUCAUCAAGACCAUGGUGCUGCAGCACCUGGCGAGGCUGGUGUUCCUGCGCUUCGAGCCCCGCGACAAGGCCAAGGGGCCGCACCAAGGCGACGUGACGCGGCUCGGCCCGCGGCCCGACAAGUGGAUGCCGGAGGACGCGGCCAACGCCGACCCCCAGCAGAUGAGUCCCCGGUUCAGCAUCCGGCAGCGGCCCAACGCCUCGCGGACGCCGGACGGACGGCCGGACGGGCCGGCCUGGGCGGGCCACAACAGCAACAGCGGGGUCCUCAGCGGCGCGUUCUCCGAAGACCUGGAGGCGCAGUUCGUGCGCGUGCUGGUGCGCGUCAACGCCACCAUCGAGCGCAACGAGGCGCGCCUGGCCGAGCAGGAGCGGCGCGAGACGGCCGAGCUGGAGUGGAAGCAGGUGGCGCUGGUGCUGGACCGCUUCCUGCUCUGGCUCUUCAUGGCCACCACGGCCAUCGCCUCCACCGUCAUCCUCUGCGGCUCGCCCUACGGCCCAUGAUGGUGGACCUACGAGGGCGCCACCGUGCAGCCCAGGGAGCGGCCCCGCCUGGAGCCGCUGCAGCCCCUGCAGCGCCCCGGGAAGCACUGAGACGUCGCCAAGCGCCGCCAAGAAGGCUUCGCUUUCCUUUGGCGCUCCGCGCUCCGCCGCUGCGCUCUAAGCCGCUGAUGCUUUCCUAGUUUGGUCCGGACCUCGCUGCUAGCUGCCCCGCCGCCGUGUCCCGCUUCCAGCAGCGCUUCCAGCGAGGCGAGAGGCGCCGCUUUCCAGCUGACCCCUCGCUUGUCUAGUGCUUCGAGUAGUGACGCCGUUCGCUCUCGCCUCCUUCAACUUCUUGCCUCACUAUUUCGCAUUUCUUACCCCCCCCCCCUCGCAUUUCUUAUCCGCGCCACUCUGCCCUUCCCCCCCCCCCCCCCCACCACCACCACUUCAAAUUUCUGCCGCUUUUCACUCUUCAAAUCCCCCCUCCCCCAGAACAAAACACGUUGAAUUUCUCCCCUCCUUCCACCACGACCUCUCUUGGCUUCCCCCACCACCACCUGCCCCCCGCGUCUUGCCCUGUCCUCGCUAGAAACCUUGAAAAGUCAGCGGUUUGGCGACAUGGACGACUCCCGUCCAUCCAGCGGCGCGUUCGAGCGACAAAGGCCUCGUCUCAUCCCUGUCGUGCCCUCGUAGGUCACCAACGUCACCAACCAAUCGCCACCACCGAACAAUUCGUCCAGAGCGAAUCUCUCUCGCAAAGUGGAAACUUGACUCGUGUGUGUACAGUGCAGGCGCGGAUCGAGUGGGGUGCAAAAGGACAAUUGGCCCCCUAGACAGCCGCCUGAAUUGUGGGCAAGGCAGCCCUUUGCCCCGGUAGGUAGGCAAAAACAUUGCCCCUCCCUCGGGCCGGCCCUGGAUCCGCCACUGCCGUCGUGUUGAUGUGCGCACAGCGCACAGUGCUCCGACUUGUGUUGACUGCUCAGCGUGCUUCCGGGCGCUUUGCGUAGAUCACUGAGAGGGGCGCCUCUAGUGCAUUUAUUCGUUUGUUUGUUGGCUUAUCCGCCGCACUGUACUUAUACAGUGGCGUAGAUUAGAUGGGCUCCAGUCGUGUAAUGUGCCAUGUUCCGACACACAGUACCUGUUUUGUUUGCGUCUUAAAUCGCGUGUUUGCCAAAGAUUCACAGAUUUUCGUUAACGGACCUUAUUUUGUCUCAUGUGCGAAACUCCGUAUCAAUUGUAUAAAAAUUUAUAUAUUCUUUUUUAUUUUAAAUGUAAGGACAGUUCCUCGACUCCAAACGUUUUCUACUUUGUCAUGUCGUUAUGGCGGAGAUUAACAAAACGUAGAGUAUUUAAGGUUAAGCGUUCUAGACGCACCGUAUCUAUGAAGACUACGAGUUACCGAAUGUGAAAAAGCAGGUCUCAACUUUUUGUCAAAUUCAGAAUUUAUUACACUCGGGACUUUCCAAGUGAUUUGUGUACAUUAGUGACAUGGACUUUCUCAGGGUCUGCCGCCAGUUGGCUAGGGUUGUGACUAUCCUCAUUUUGAUUACUACUAAGCAAAGACCCUGCACAAACAAUUAUUGGGUAAGACUUGACAACUCAUGUGCAUAAAGUCCAUUUAAAGUUCAGGGUGUGCCAUGAAAAGCUAUGGCUGAGAUCGUUCCCCCCCUGUUAUUAUUAGCCGUUCUCCAAAGUUUACUUACUUGUUUGGUGAGUGCAUUGCACUUUGUAUUGACAACGGAUAGCGUUGACGGGAUGAAGCGUCCUCUUCGAGCCGACGGCGCCGACGGGCUCGAAGGACACCAGGCAUGUGGAGCGUGCCGAACAAAUCUCAUUGAGGAAUCACAGGGUAAAGUAGGAGUCGUGCCUACUCAUUUAGCGUCUUUCUAAAAGUUCGUUUUCAUCGUUGUUUGGUGGCACCUU